CUCGACUCCACCCAGGGUCGUUUAUCAGACGGAAUAAUUACAAUGUCACUCUCUAAAGGACGUUUGGAAACACCACCCUGCGGAGCCAUAGGUUCCAGAUGCCAGGCAACUGCUAGGCGAAUUAUUCCAGACAUAGUUCCGAAUAGAGCUUUUCCAUCUGAAUCUGUUCGUCCCAACGUCAUGUGCUAGUUCCAGGUCUCAGGGGUUCUUCGUCUUUCAGGGGUACCAAAUUCGGUCAUAUAAGAUUGUUGGACUCUAUCCUUUUGCCUUCCUUCCUCUGGUACAUUGCGCAGAGACGAAAAAAGGAUUCACGUUCGAACCUUCUUAGCAUUCACAAGAGCUCAGCCAGCGAUCAUGAAAGGACCCAGCAAAGCUAUUGGGGGUGUCCUCGCGACACUCAUUGGUCUGACUCAGGCUAACUCCGAUAUCGUUUCCCUCUUCACCAAUGGCGCAGCCUACAUCCAGGAGGCCAGUGCCACUCUCGUUCUUCCCAAGCUUCCUAGCUCUGUCUCAGGAGACGUCGCGAUAUGGAGUGCCGUCAUGAUGGAGAACCAGGCAUCGUUCCUGCAAGGCGUAACUUCCAACUCUCCUAGUGGGUCUUACUGCAAUGAUGGAGGAAAGAGUUGGUGUAACUUUGCCUACACCCUGGUCGGCUCAAAUCCCACCGUCGGUGACCCUGUCACUGCAUCAUCCGGAUCCACGAUUAGGACGCACUACAAGCUGAAUUCGGCGACCAACCUCUGGGAUCAAGACGUUUACAUAGACAACAAACUCGCUUCCUCCGUCUCAACUAGCAAAGGACAGAAAGGAAACAUCUUUUACAUCUCUAUUGAGUGUGCCUCCGGCGGCUGCGUUGAGCACCCGGCUCACAGCUGGGAGGAUGUCUCAAUUGUGCUCAGCCAGGCUGACAAGAGCUUUGGACAUACCGGAGGCUGGGAACAUGGUGCCACCGGCGGCGAGAUGUCAUCUCCUGACGGCGGGAAGACUUGGAAUUUCAGCACUCUCAAUAUUCCGGCCCAGAAGGCCGAAUAG